AUGUGUACGCCAACUCAGGGACCCGCCGAGUCGGCUCUCUGGAUGACGGCCACGCAGGCGCGAAGAGAAAUUUUGAGCUGGGGCUCCCGUUCACACUCGUGCCUGGCCUUUUCUCGGGGCCGCGCGCCUGCGGCGCGCCGUGGUUUCUUAGAUUUUUGCGGAAAUCGCUCGCGUGGUUUCUUAUUUGGCCGCUGGUACCCUUCUGCCGCCGUCGCUCCCCCGGCUCUGACCGAGUACCGGGCGUUGAGGGAGGCGGCGCUGGGCGGCGCUGGCGCUGCCAUCGCCACGAGCCGCGCGGCGGCGGUCGCAGUGCACCCGGCUGCGGCUCUCGGCGCAGUCUCUGCGGCGCUCGGCGCCGUUGGCGUCGCGGGAAGCCGCACCUCUGCCGCCGUCGCUCCCCCGGCUCUGAGCGCGUAUCGGGCGUUGGGGGGAGGCGGCGCAGGGCGGCGCUGGCGCUGCCAUCGCCACGAGCCGCGCGGCGGCGGUCGCAGUGCACCCGGCGGCGGCUCGCGGCGCCGUCUCUACGGCGUUUGGCGCCGUUUGACGGAGGCGGCGCAGGGCGGCGCUGGCGUUCCCAUCGCCACGAGCCGCGCGGCGGCGGUCGCUGUGCAGCCGGCGGCGGCUCUCGGCGCCACACGAGUGCGGGGCGCCGUCAACUCGGAACAGCGCGGCGCUGGCAUGCCCCCCGCAACGAGCCUCGCGGAGGCGGUCGUGUAG